AUGUUUCAUUUUGAAGAGAUUGAUAAACGUGUUGAAUCACUAUCAGAUGUCACCGUCAGCAAGGGAUGUGCAUCAACUUGUACUGUAACAACAGCUUUCCCGCGAGAUGAGUGCUGUGAGGGAAAACUGUGUAACGAUAAAUUGAUUUGCUUCCAAUGUGCUGAAACAACCGAUGAAAGUUCCUGUACUUCGAGUCCAUGUGCAGCUGAAGCAUUCUGCAAGAGUGACUACAAACUCAACGGGGCAGGAGUGCCUGUUGUCACUAAGUCCUGUGCAGCUGAUUGCAAAGCUGUUGACAAUACAGCAGACAAAAACGUGAGGACAACUUGCUGCAAAACGGGAUAUUGUAAUGGAAACGCCUUGAGUUGCAACACUUGUACUAAUGAAGCUGACGAAACUAAAUGUGCAGCAACAGCCUGCUCUCCAACUGACAAACUAUGUCAGAGCAGUUAUACCCUCACUGCACCAGAUAUUCCAGUAUCAAAGGCAUGUGCUGGGGUUUGCACACCAUCCGCUACUGUGAAGUGCUGCGGUACAUCUCAGUGUAACGUGGACCUCUUGAAAUGCUACACCUGCACCGACUUGACAGACGAAACUAAGUGUAAAGAUAUAACAGUCUGUGGGUUCGGUGACAAGUUCUGUAAAACCACUUACAAACUAACUGGAACUGGUGUCACCGUCAGCAAGGGAUGUGCAUCAACUUGUACUGUAACAACAGCUUUCCCGCGAGAUGAGUGCUGUCAGGGAGAACUGUGUAACGAUAAAUUGAUUUGCUUCCAAUGUGCUGAAACAACCGAUGAAAGUUCCUGUACUUCGAGUCCAUGUGCGGCUGGAACAUUCUGCCAGAGUGACUACAAACUCAACGGGGCAGGAGUGCCUGUUGUCACUAAGUCCUGUGCAGCUGAUUGCAAAGCUGUUGACAAUACAGCAGACAAAAACGUGAGGACAACUUGCUGCAAAACAGGAUAUUGUAAUGGAAACGCCUUGAGUUGCAACACUUGUACUAAUGAAGCUGACGAACCUAAAUGUGCAGCAACAGCCUGCGCUGCAACUGACAAACUAUGUCAGAGCAGUUAUACCCUCACUGCACCAGAUGUUCCAGUAUCAAAGGCAUGUGCUGAGGCUUGCACACCAUCCGCUACUGUGAAGUGCUGCGGUACAUCUCAGUGUAACGUGGACCUCUUGAAAUGCUACACCUGCACCGACCUGACAGACGAAACUAAGUGUAAAGAUAUAACAGUCUGUGGGUUCGGUGACAAGUUCUGUAAAACCACUUACAAGCUAACUGGAACUGGUGUCACCGUCAGCAAGGGAUGUGCAUCAACUUGUACUGUAACAACAGCUUUCCCGCGAGAUGAGUGCUGUCAGGGAGAACUGUGUAACGAUAAAUUCACUUGCUUCACAUGUGCUGAAACAACCGAUGAAAGUUCCUGUACUCCAAGUUUAUGUGCAGCUGGAACAUUCUGCCAGAGUGACUACAAACUCAACGGGGCAGGAGUGCCUGUUGUCACUAAGUCCUGUGCAGCUGAUUGCAAAGCUGUUGACAAUACAGCAGACAAAAACGUGAGGACAACUUGCUGCAAAACAGGAUAUUGUAAUGGAAACGUCUUGAGUUGCAACACUUGUACUAAUGAAGCUAACGAACCUAAAUGUGCAGCAACAGCCUGCGCUGCAACUGACAAACUAUGUCAGAGCACUUAUACCCUCACUACACCAGAUGUUCCAGUAUCAAAGGCAUGUGCUGGGGUUUGCACACCAUCCGCUACUGUGAAGUGCUGCGGUACAUCUCAGUGUAACGUGGACCUCUUGAAAUGCUACACCUGCACCGACUUGACAGACGAAACUAAGUGUAAAGAUAUAACAGUCUGUGGGUUCGGUGACAAGUUCUGUAAAACCACUUACAAACUAACUGGAACUGAUGUCACCGUCAGCAAGGGAUGUGCAUCAACUUGUACUGUAACAACAGCUUUCCCGCAAGAUGAGUGCUGUCAGGGAGAACUGUGUAACGCACCCCUAAUCAAGUCUUGUCAGACAUGUGAUAAUGAGAAGGUUGAAAGUAACUGUGCGGAGAAAGAUUGUGCAACCCCUAGCUCCUUCUGCCAAAGAAAAAUCGACUUCACUAAAGAUGGAUUCCCUGUUACAAAGGGAUGUGCAGCACAAUGCACUGCAAGUGACACAGCGUCGUGCUGUCAGGUAUCGAACUGCAGAGUAAACACCUUGAGUUGCCUGCAGUGUGAUGCUCAGACUGAUGAAACUCAGUGCAAGGCGGGCGUGUGCACUGUAGGCACUUUCUGUCAGAACAGCUACACCUUCACUAACCUUGCCAGCAUCAAAGUCACAAAGACAUGUGAGUCCGCUUGCACAGCGACCAACACAGUGAACUGCUGCCAAACAUCCAACUGCAAUGUGAAAGCCUUGUUCUGUUAUACCUGUGACAAACAGAGUGAUGAAACGCUGUGUACAACUGUAAAAGCCUGCGGAUCAGCUUCGGGAAAAUGUUCAUCUGUUUAUGAAACAGGUGUAGAUGGUAAACUCACUGUGACAAAGGGCUGUGAGGCGUCUCGUGGUGCCUGUGUACCCGGAAGAGUGGGCAACAAGCAGACAACAUGCUGCGAUACGGACCUCUGUAAUGUACCAGUUUUGAAAUGCUACACUUGCAACAAAAUUAAGUCUGAAACUGACUGCACUGCCUUAACUGCAUGCGACUUCAGUGUCAGGUUCUGUUUUGCCUAUUACGAUACAACUCCAACAGGAACGACCGUCAGAAAGGGCUGUGACAGAACCUGUGCCAGUCUUGAAGAUCUGUCAAGGAGGAGAACUUGCUGCACUACAGACCUGUGCAAUGAGCCUAAACUGAGUUGCUACACCUGUAAUGGACUGGCAGAUGAAAAGCAAUGUACCACGGUCACAGCAUGCAGUGCUGAAAGCAAGUUCUGCAAGACAGUUCGCAGCACCAUUGCAGGAAAAAUGACUGCUGUCACGAAGACCUGUGAGGCCACUUGCACAGCAUCGUGCACAGCCUUCCAAUCUAUAGAGUGCUGCCAGGCCAGCCAGUGUAACGAAUACCAAGAAAGGGGUACAGGUGCGUCCCCGUCCACCCAAGCCAGCUCCCUCCUGCUGGCCGUGUCGAUCAGCCUGCUCACCAUGCUGCUCAAAUCAGCAUGAGAGGAUUCUACCACCAAAAACUCUGAAUGCAAUGAAUUGGUUGACAAUACAAUGAGUCAUUCAGGUUGUGAAAGAUAUACAUUAAAAACAAUUACUUAGGUAUUUAGUACCAGAGCAUAUAUUACACAGUACUCACUCAGGUGUUAUGUGGUAGCUAUAGUUUAGUUUAAAGGGAAGGAAGGUAACUUUGUAAAGAAUUAUGUAGGUGGGUUGUAACGGUAGUAAGUGGCACCAAGGCUUAGUUUUCUGUGCUUCAGUGUACGCAGUCUUGUCACUAAGCCCCUCUUUCGUUGUGGUGGAAAUCAUUUGUUUGUUUGUAAUUUAAUUGAGGAUUUAUAUUUCAGACAACUGCCUGACAUGAAUUAAAAAAAUAGAACCAAAACCAGAACCAAAUGAUAAGAAACACUAGAAAGGGGGGCCUGUGAUAAUGCUGCUCCAGCUAAUGCAAAGCCACAGAGAGGAGUUUCUUUAAUUCUAGGCUUUGGGAUUUCUUAUAGGACUUGUACUCUGCAGUAGUUACUGUCUAGCUUGUGUUUCAGAAUAUGUUGUUCAUGUAUCGUGUUUCGUACAAUAAACACUAUUUUUCUGAUGCUA